AAUUGUAGAUAUCAAAACAAAUUACCAAAUCGAUUAUUUCGCCUCGCUCUCCCUAAAAUGGCUCUGCAAAUGGGAAAAUUUCACCGCUUCAUGCAAGUCUUCAAUAAACUACCCCAACUUAUGAUGAAACGCAAAACAUCCUUUGACUACACCAACACCAUGUGUGGCAAACCCAUAUGUUUCCGUGAAUCUGAUGCCACAAUCUGUGCUUUGCGUGAAAAAGAAAAAGGAGAUUGGAAGAAACUUUCUAAGGAGGAUGUGAAAACUCUCUAUCGCUAUAGCUUUUGCCAAACCUUUGCCGAGUUCAAGGCCCCCACCGGUGAAUGGAAAAUGCAUUUGGGCAUAGGUCUUUGGGCAUGCGCUGUGGGUCUGCUGUUUUCGACCUUUGUCAGUAAUUGGUACGGCGAGUUGCCAGAAACAUUCAACGAGGAUCGUCGCCAGGCUCAGUUAAAACGUAUGAUUGCAUUGGAAAUAAAUCCCAUCGAUGGAUUAGCUUCCAAAUGGGAUUAUGAAAUUGGCGAUUGGAAAUGAAAGGAAAAUGAGUUUGACUAACAAGAAAUUUUAAUAAAAAAUAUGGAUUUUAGCUCCAAUAAAAAAGCGGACACUUAUUUUGAAUCAUCAGAAUUAUGUGAAUGGACUCUGAUGAUUCAAAAAUAGUGACUGGAUAAACCAUAUGCUAAGGAA